AUGCCGCGACCGCAGCGCAGCCGUGCGGCGGCAUUGAAAUCGAGGCAGCUGGCGAAACGAGGCGCUGAGGCUGUUGCAGGACUCGGAGCAGACGAAGUAGCUGGGGGAAGCUCAGACGACAGCUACGACGACGCGAGCCACGGCUCGGUCGAGAGCAGCGACGGCAGCCAUUCGGACGCGGUCGCAGGGCCAUCGCCUGCAGGCAGAGGAGGACGUGUGCGCCAGCGCGACCGACGAGGCCGAGGUGCAGAGGGCGCUGAGGGUGCGUCCGAGUCUGGGCCAACGCGAUCAGAGCCAGCAGCAGCAGCAGCACAAGCACCAGCACCACCGGACGUCUACAAGAUCGCUGCCUAUCCGCAGGAUAGCCGACGGACGCGACUAUACGCGGGACCGCUGAAGAAAUGGGACCGGUACCGAUCGCUGAUCGAGAUCCUGUACGGACCCGACCCCGAGGCGAUUGGCAUCGUCGACAGCCUGCGCCACCACUGGAUCGGCUAUCCGGUGCUGCCGAGGAAGACGUCGUAUCAGGAUAGCGGAGAGGGCGAGACGGGCGACGACGACGACGGCGACGACGACGAUGGCGAUGGCCAGCCUAGGAAUUCGCUUGGGGGGAUGCAACCGAGUCCGUGGGUGUCGGACAGCUUCGAGGCCGACCAGGCGGCGGCGUUCCAUAGCUGGUACGCCGAGCCGGACAAUCAGCAGCAGCAGCAGCAGCAGCAGCAGCAGACGAUAGCCCUGAGUGCCGAGACGGCGCAGCAGUAUCUCUCAUUGGCGGCGGCCGGCGAGCUGAUCGCAUUUCUGGGGCCGACAUCGCGACAGCAAGUCGUCCAGUUUCGGCCGGGCAGCUGCGUGGCGCUGCAGGAGAGCGGUUACCCCGAUGGGGGAGGAGAAGGAGGUGAUGGAGGUGAAACAGACGGGAAAACGGCCGGCUGGAUGCUCGAUGCGGGUGGCAUCGUCGUGGCCACGGCCUGGGCACCGCUCACCGGCCGCGUCGACCAGCUGCUGGCCGUGGCUGCUGUUCCGCACGGCGACCAGGAGCCGGCUGGCAGCGGGCUAUCUGCAACUGUCCCCGACAGCGGCAACCAACAAAAACAGGGCAGCAUCCAGCUCUGGCGGGUGGCGCUCGACGCAGCGUCGGCCAAGAUGAGCAGACGGCGGCCACGUGACCCGGUCCUGGAGCGGGUGCUCCUAUUUGAGUGGGGCCGGCCAAAGCGGAUGCAGUGGUGUCCGGUGGCGCUGGGGACGUCGGCCACGUGCGGGCUGCUGGCAGUGCUGACGGGCGACGGGAUGGUGCGGGUGGUGGAGGUGAAGCGAGGGAGUGGAGGAGGUGAAGGCGGAAGUGAGGCGGCGUAUGACUGGAUCUCCCAUCCGAUUGCCACCCUUGGCCUCCCCGACGAAUACAAUGUGGCAGCCACCUGUCUCACCUGGCUGGGCCUCAACCGGCUCGUCCUCGGCCACACCGACGGCUCGCUCUCACUCUGGUCGGUGCGUCCGCGCCUGCUGCUGCAGCGUCUCCCAGUGCACGCGACCCACGUUCUCGACGUCUGCUCCGGCUACCCGUCGUAUCCCUACAUGGUGGCCUCUCACCCUGUUGGUGGGCUCGCCCGCCUCGUCGACCUGACCCGACCCAGCAGCGAGCACACCUUCCACCCGUCGCCCAUGGUGACCUUCCAGCCGGGCUUGUUGCAGUGGUGCGACCACAUGCUCGGCUUCGCUGCCGCCGCGCCGUCCAACAAUCCGCGCAACGGCCGGCUCGACUUUCUGCACGUCCGCUUCUAUCCCGGCUCGCGCACCUUUUUUCCCGGCCGUGGCCUCGCACCGCCCAUCUGCCUCGCCGUCGGCACCUCUCAUCCUUUUGCCCUCGUCGGCCGCGCCGACGGCAGUCUCUGGGCCUGCAACGUCAUGCAAAAGGUCUUUCGCAACCGCGCCGACCUGUCGUACCGCCUCAAGAUCGUCGACGUCGAGUUUCGCCCGCCCGCCAGCGAGUACCGCCAUCCGUCCGUCCGCGGUGCCGUCCGCAUCCUCCACGGCUUCGAGCCCGAACGCAACGAGCAGCCGGCCGCACAGCCGAUUGCCAGCAGCAGCAGCAACGCCCCCAAGGACUACGCCAGCAGCAACAACGACAGCGACGGCGGCCCGCCUUCCAACGACGCUGGCAGCGACGCCGAGCAGGAGUCCGGCCAGGCCGUCAUCCACGACCCCCUGACCCGCAUCUCGGCCGUCGCCUGGAACCCCAACAUCGAGUACGGCUGGUGGGCCGCCGUCGGCAUGGCUUGCGGUCUCGUUCGCAUCGUGGAUCUAGGCGUGGACUAA